AUGGAGGAGGACGAGGGUUUGAAAGAGGAGGACGAGGUGGUUUUAGAGGUCGGGGAAGAGGAGGAUUUGAUCAUGGAAGAGACCAUUAUGAUAGUGGUGGAGCAGACUAUGACAAUGAAAGAGAAAGAUCAGGAGGCCCUCCAGUGCGGGAUAGAAGCCCUCUCAGAGGAGGAAAGGGGUCAUUUGAGGUUCAUGUGGGAAACCUCACUGCUGAUGUUCCCCGUGAAGCUCUUGAGGAAAGAUUCACCAAGUGUCACAAUAUUCAGAAAUUUUGCUUAUGUGACCUUCAACAAUGAGAAGAGUGCAUUUGAUGCUGUGGCACAAGAGGAAGGGAAUUUCUUCAUGGGGCGAAAAAUUGAGGUCCGCAUGGCAAAAGACCCUGUUGGUAGAGAAAGAGAUUAUGGACAGAGGGAUGGCAGUGGAUAUCAAGACGAUGGUCGGUGGGGACCACCUGGUGACAAAGGAUUUGGUCGUACUUCCUUUGAGGAUGACUAUGGAAGAGGCAGACGUUCUCCUCCAAGAUUUGAUUCAAGACCUCAAUAUGGGAGGCAUGAGGAACCAAAUACAUAUGAGAGGGAUACCAGAGAUCCUUAUAGUGGAGGUACUGAUAGAGGCCCUUCUUCACGGGACUCCUAUCCAGUCCGAGAAGCCCCUCCUCUUCCUCCGCAGCGGAUUGAUUGUGAGAUCAUUGUCAUCCAUAAGGACCAAAGAUUUUAUGCUGAGAUGGUUGAGCGCCGUUUAAAGUCCCUUGGUCUCAUUGUGGACCUUUUGUUCCCUCGGGAGAAUGCCCCCAUUCCAGCUAUUCUUGCUGAUAUUGCUACCCGUGGGACUUUGUACGCAGCUGUUGUGACUCCAGACAAUGAAAGGCAUCAGUCCAUCACCAUAAAGAUUCUACAUGGCAAGACCCAAGAGCACAGGAACAUGCCCCUGGAUGAUGCUAUAAAACUGGUUGGGCGAAAUUUUGAUGACUUCACAAGCACAUCUCGGGUAUUUGGAAGACAGCCAAUCCCAGAUCGAGUUCGAAUGAGCCUUCGGUUGCUCCUUGAUGAGCGACCUCUCACACUCGUCGAAUAUGAGGAUCUAAUUGAGUUCCUCAAAGAACGGAAGAGGCUCAUCUUUCCUACAUCAACUGCUCCUGUUGAUGAGAUGAAACAUGAUGAAGGAUAUCCCUUCCACCUUGCAGUCAUUGGAGUGCCAAAUCCUAAAGAAGACUUGAAGCAGCGAAUUAUAAGCAUGCUUCAUGAGCAGAAGAUGGCAUCUAAAGGUGAUUACACAGAUGCAGCUGCUAAACCAGGAAUGGUAGCAGCUGCUGCUCCUCCCAAUCCUAUGCAAAUGGGAGGUCUUGCUGUGGCAAACUGGCAAACUCAGGUUGGAGGAGCCUCAGCCACAGUUCCAGCAAGUGGAAAUCCAACAACCAUCAACUUUUCAAAUCCCACUGUCCAGAAGGCUCUUGAAAGCCUCAUGCAGAGUGGAUCACUAUUCAAGAAUAUUGCUGGCCAGUCUGGGAUGGCUCCAGGAGUCAAUGCACAGCCUCAAGGGAAUACCAUGAAUCAGAACCCACAUAUGGGUAUCUACAGCACUGGAAAUGCAUGGAAUCCUAGCAAUCCUGGAAACUUUGGACCUUUCAUGAAGUGA